AUGCAUACGGACGUUUGCGGGUCACAGCUCACGCGCCGAGGCAGUGGCAUUCUCGCAUUGGUGACCCGCCAGGCUAUCAAGGCUUAUGAUCUCGCCACUGGGCGCUGCAGACAGACGUUAAAGGUCCAGGGGCACGCGAUCCUCUCGGCUGCCUUCUUGCCCGAUGACAAAUCACUCAUGUCAGCAGCCCGCGAGAAUGCGAAGAUCUGGAACCUGGCGACGGGGAAGUGUAUACUGACGCUCGGUAAUCAAAACGGGGUAACCAUGGCGGCCACGCUCUCGCAUGACGGCCAGCCGCUCGCAGUUCUGUCCCACUUCAGGGACAGCUUUCGGCUGUGUCAUCCGACAACCGGACACUGCAUCCUGAAGGCCGAGGGCGAGGAUGCCAUAUUCUCGCCUGACGGCCAGUCUGUGGCCACCACAUGCGGCGAUACAAUCCUGCUCUAUGAUCCAACGACAGGCCGCUGUAUGCAGACGCUUGGGGGCCAUGACGACUAUGUCAUGUCGGUUGCCUUCGCGCCAAACGGCCAGUUGUUGGCAACGGCGGGCUAUGAUGGCAAGGUCAAGCUCUGGGACCUGGCGACAUGGCGCUGGAGGCAGACGUUGAAGGGCUCUUUCGGGAAGUUCAUAUCCGUCAUAUUCUCCCCCGAUGGCCGUCUGCUUGCGUUUAUAUCCGGCAAGGCGGUCCAGCUAUGGGAUCUGGCACAGGGGGGGUUGAUCAAGACUCUUCAAACCCAUCAGUUGAGUGUUCGGGCAAUCGCCUUCUCUCCUGAUAGCCAGUCGCUUGCGUCUGCAUCUGGCCAGGCCGUACAGCUCUGGGAUAUAAAGACAGGGCUCCGGAGUCAAGAGUUCAGUGAGGAGUUCAGUGGCCACAGCUCAAGAGUCCAAUUCUCUUCCGAUAGACAGUUGAUUGCGACUACAUCGGACGAUGAGGCCUUGAGGCUUUAUGACGCGGGGACAGGGCGCUGCAUCCUGUCACUCCGGGGCAGACCGUGCCCAAUUAUUGCAUUCCCGUCCAAUAGCCAGUCGUUUGCAAUCCACCAUGGUUGGGAUGUCACACUCUACAAUGCAGCGACACGGCGCCCCACCCAGAAACUCGAGGGCAAGAAAUCAGGCGUCACCGCACUUGUAUUCUCGUUCAAUGGCCGCUUGCUGGCCUUGAUAUCGCGGACCCAGUCCUACAGGCGGUUGGAAGAAUGGGAGUAUAUUAUGGGGCCCCGGGUCUGCGACGUGAUAGAUCAUCAAGUCGAGGUCUGCGAUGUAGAGACGGGGCACUGCACAUGGAAGCUCGACUAUCGCCUGGAGCGUAUCGGCGCCAUCGCCUUCUCACCGGACAGCGGGUCGCUCGCAUUGAUAGCCUGUGACAGAAUCAAACUUUAUGACCUCGCAACAGGGACUAUCACGAGGGACCUCUAUGUCAACGUCGAAAUCGAAACAAACGGUUCCAUCGCGUUCUCGCACGAUGGCCGGACGAUCGCGGCCGUAUGUCGUCAUGAUACGGUCACGCUCCGCGAUCUGGCGUCGAGGACUCGCUCGGAGACGCUCCUGGGCCACGGAGUCGCCAUCAGCUCAGUCGCCUUCUCGGAGGACGAUCAGAUGCUUGCGUCGGCGUCCAUCGACGGCGCCGUCAAGAUUUGGGCCUUGGCUACGGGGAAAUGCACACAGACGUUCGAGUUGGGAACUCUGGUAAAUUCUCUGGCCUUCGAUACUUCCGGUUCGUGUCUCCACACGAAUGUCGGCAUCAUCGCUCUCGAUCCGGAUCCCACACGACAGCCUCGCCGGCAAGGCUACGGCGUCAGCCCGGACGGGACUUGGAUCCUCCGGGACGAGGAGAACAUCCUCUGGCUGCCCCCAGAGUAUCGGCCGGGGUGCGUGGGCGUAGCCGGCUCGACCGUCGCCAUCGGCUGCCCGUCGGGACGUGUCCUGAUUCUCGGGUUCGCGGGCGACGGACAUCGAACGGCAACUUGA